AAGGUCGGGGAGACAGCGCCGGAGAAGAUGAGCGCAUGGUUCAGCUUGGCGUCGGCUAUGAUGUCGGAUUCAGACUGGGAAGUGGCUGAUGCCAGACCCGAUGCAUCUCUGUCUCAUCGAUCAUGCCCCUGGGGCGGCCAUCUGAUCAAAAUUGACUUGAAGAAUCUUCACAUCCAAGGGGCGCCCGAAAGAGCGAGUGAUUUGAUGGUGAGACCCGAAGUGCGGGGACAACAUCACGAUCGUUUCUUCGAAGAAAACAAAAUCGAGUGGCAGGAGACGUUGGCACCAGGGGAUGCGCUGGUAGAACAACCAUCCCAGAUGUUCAUCCUUCGCAUGGCCGCUUUGCUUUUUGGCAACUUUGCUUGUCAUGGCCCCUUCAUGCAGAAAGGCUGUUUGGAAGCAAGGACGUUUCCCGUCCUAGCGCGGCAUCAGCUGCGACGGGAUUUCCCGGAGGAAGGCGAUAGCAGCUACGCCGUCUUCACCAGCGAUGGGGUUGGCCAGGAACAGAUGACCAUCUGUCGUAACACAGAUAAGCACCAGCAUUUUCGCAUCGUCCUGGUCUUUAGCACUCCAACGACUGGGAGUUUCUGGGUCGAUUGGACCUCUCCAUCUUUCCAGAUGUUGACGGACACCACGUACACGGUGAUGCAUUGGUACAUGAACCGUCCUGGGGUGCAACAAAUGCGCGCCAUCGAUGAAAAUUUUUACGUGUGUUUGGCACUGCGGAACUACAACCGCGGACCGCCCAUGAUUCCAGACGAGUCCGGUACCACGGCCAUUCGUGCCAACGGAUGGGAAAACAGCCAGCGCCCGCGCUCUUGGACGCGGUUCCAGACGGGUGAUGGCAAAUUUCACUUGGCAGAGUAUCUGAAGUGCUUUACAGAGAGCCUGGGGCACGGCAUUCCUGCCUUUGAUACACUGGAUGGAAAGGUCUUGGUACCCUACCAAUGUGUUGUGCUUCGACGGCAAUGGGAAAGUGUGAGAGACUACGUCCAGGCGGCCUUGACGCUCCAGCGCGCAGCGUAUCGCCGGGCCAACGGCGGGAGCCGUGCUCCAUCACUGACGGAGGACGCGGCGCUGCGCUACGCCGAGGGUGCGGCGCAGCUGCCGAAAGUCAACUGGUGCGCAGGUGAGUUAAAGGCGCCAUGGACGCUGGAACCAACACGGGUCCUGGUGCGCAAGACGACGUUGGAGUGCGAUGAGGAAACAAAUGAGCUCGUUCCAGUUAGAAAGACCAAGAGCGAAUCAACAACCAGGAUGGUUGCUUUUUCUGUUUAG